AUGAGUGGUGAGCCAAAACCAGAUGUAACUUAUGAGGAUGAAGUCAAACUUUUAUUUGAAAAUAUAAACGUAACAGACCAAAUAAAUAGUUAUUGUAAAGAAAGAAACUUAACCCCACCUAAAUCCUACUCGUAUGGGGAUAUCUCUGAUGACAAUACUAGUAUUCUUAUUUAUAAUGCGCUCAAAAGUAAAAGGUUUGACAAAGUGAACGAUUUAAUGAAUGAGAGCAAUUUAUUUGCAGCUUGGAUUAAAGAAGGUCGUAUGGAAGCCCUUGACUCUGAUAAGAAACCUGAACCUACAAUUAAACCUGAUCCAGGAAAUUCUUUGACAUAUAGAGAUAUUUAUUCCUUGUUUACGAAUUCUGAUCAUUUUAAUAUGAAUCAAUUAAAUAUUCCACUUCAUGCUGCUAUUACAAGUAAUCCUCCGGUUGAUGCUCCAACUGCUGCAGCAUACUUUGAAACUUUCAAACAGAAAAGUGAUGCAAAUGCUCAAACUCCUUUUGGAAGAUCUAUUCUUG